AUGGCGUAUAAAAAAUACUACUUCGAUCUUGACUAUUAUGGUGUGGACUUUUAUGAAGAAGAAGUAGCAUCUGAACUCCAGCAAGGGAAGGCAGCGACAGCAGAUGGCAACCACACUGAAGAAGUCUUAAGCAUCCUGAAAGAGCUGAGCCACAUGAACGCUGUGAUUGACCAUAACUAUAACCGUCCAAUGAAGAGCGACACCCGUAGGAUCCCCAGUGAGCCUACACAAGAAGAGGACGAUGAGGAAGAGGAGCCAGUUUUUCAAAAGCCAACCAAGUAUUGCCGAAAGCAGUACAAGUUCACUCCCGAACAACAACUUGAACUAGACAGAGUUUUUGAAGAAACUCAAUACCCUGAUGCACUCCAAAGGAAAGAGCUUGCAAAGCUCAUCAAUGUAGAAGAAUACAAUGUGAAGAUUUGGUUCAGCAAUCGAAGAGCCAAACUUAGGAAAAAUCAGAAGGCAUUACCGUGCACAAACAUCCUACCUGAUAAACAGAACCACUUUCCCCUGAAAGUUUUGAAAGAAACCAAGAAUGUUGUUGUUCUUCAGGAGCCACUUGUGGAUGAGUUUUUCUGCUGUUGGCCACAUGUUGGCCACCCAAAUUGGCAGUGA